AUGGAUCCUUCUGUGUAUGAGGCUGCAGAAUCGGGUGAUGUUGGUUUUUUCAGAAGAGCUGAUGCAUCAAUUGAUCUUCUCUGUCAGAAAACCCCAGCCCACAACAGUAUUUUUCAUAUUGCAGCUGAAUACAAACAAAUACAUUUCUUCAGAGAUGUCCUAGAUGAUCCAUCUUUGCCGUUUUGGGCUCCCAAUAAGAAGGGCAACACUCCUCUCCACGUCGCUGCGAGAGUAGGCUGUGAUGAAAUUGUAAAGCUCCUCAUUGAACACGCAAAGAAACUUGUGCAUAUUGAAGGAGCUGACGAGGAAAGAGGACCGACUAAUGGUGAAGCUAACAAACUACUUCGAAUGACUAAUUUUCAAGAAGAUACAGCACUGCAUGUUGCUGCCAGAUGCGGUCACGUUGAGGUGGUGAAUUUGUUAAUAGCUGAAGAUCCUGGAUUGUGCUGUUUGAUUAAUUUUAAUAAGGAGUCCCCCUUAUUCUUGGCUACUCGGCAUGACUUUCCACUCGUAGCUCGUACAAUUGUGAACCAGUGUCCAAUAUCUCCUUCUUUUAGGGGGUUUAACGAUGUUACAACUUUGCAUGUAGCGCUAACUUAUAUGGAUGAAGAAUGGAAAGCCACUCACCCCCAACAACCACCUAUGGCCCGCCCAGUUCCCAACCCACCUCCCAACACCGGUGGAAAGCCUGUCCCUCUUCACCACUAG